UUGUCAGAGAAUCAAACAAGACACGGCAACCUCUAAAUAUAUGCCAGCAAUAACCUCAAGCUAGCAACACUGGGCAAGUCACCCUUUUCUUCAUGUUGGUAUGUUACAACUGGAGAGUAAUCUACUAACUUUUCCAGCUCCCACAAUGGAUAGGAAUAUGAUAUAUGUUAGGUUAUCCUAGGUUAACACUCAUUGUCCAUAUUAAUACGUGCUUCUGGCUGUGUUUAUCGAUCAUCUAGCAAGAAAGUGACGUAUUGCAAAUGCACAGGACUGAUGCUGAUGUAUUCAGAAGGUAUUCACCUGGCUAAUGGGGUGCAUCUCCAAGCGUAUUUAUCUUUCAAUCAUUUCUCUGACUUCCUGCAAGACUACGGGUUUCCCUCAGGAGCAUCAGACCUUCUGCUUCUCCAUCUACCGGGUUGACAAGAGAUCCCUUUAGACUCCUCCACCCUGCUGCAGAAGGGGAGGGUACCUUCAUUCUGAAGAUUUAAAAAGGGAUCCCCAAACCUGUAGGAGAUCUCGUGACCCAUUAUCCCAAGAGAAGAAGACCUAAGAUUUGCCACUGAACUGAAUAUGAAGGGACUGCGCAAACUGACAGCGGCUGCAAUGGCGCUGUUCCUGGCAGCAUCCUUCGUAUCUUUCUCCUGGAGUGCACCUCAGGCUCAUUUCCAAAGGAGAAACUGGACUCCUCAGGCUAUGCUCUAUUUAAAGGGUGCACAGGGACGUCGAUUCAUCUCAGAUGAAAGGCAGCAAAAGGAUCUGUAUGACAGAAUGCAGCUUGAAGCACGCAGCCAAAAUGCAAAUCCUUUAUCUCUUUCUGAAGCUGCAGCACUGUUCCUUAGCUCCUUAUGGAAAGCACAAGAAGUUGAAGAAGAAAACAGUGAUCACCCUGGCUACUUGACAGAUAAUCUAGCAAGCUGGUGAAAUACUUCAAAUGUCUUUAACAUUUGUAUUGCAUAGACCCUGAAAUCAUGACUUGUGUAAACAAAGUAUUUAAUCCAUCCUCACUUAAGUUCCCAAAGGGUGACGUAUAUAUGCACUGCAAAAUUUUGAAUGCAAAUGGAUUAAAAGUUACUAGUCCAGAUAAGGGAAGUAUUUGUAAAGUUUGUGCUUUGUUUAGACCAUUUUGUACGUCCACCCAGCAUUUAAAAUACACUGUACCAUCUUACCUGAAAAGAUGAUUAAAGCCAUCUUUUUGGACAACUGCUGUAUUAAAAACAAAUUUUCAAUAGUCAUUGGAAACAUUUUACCACCUUCUACCCGGCUGUAUAUGGAAGCCUUUUAAUUUCUGGUAAAGGUAGAUUCUUUCACCACUUCACUGUUGGCCCUGUAAGCUGCUGAUGGUCAAUGUCGUCAGUGAGAUACUAAACCAAUCCAGCUAUCUUUGGCUGCAAAGCCGGUGAUUUACUUGUUUGCAGAUAUCUGUCACCACAGAGAAGAGGCGACAGCACUUACUCAGGCGUCGGUGCUGCCCCAGUUACACGCAUGCAGAAACAUAUACUCUGAACAAUCCUACUGAGCCGGUCCCACCAUACAGAAUUAGCAGGGGGAUAGGUCUUACAGGGUCAGGGCCUCACGCGUGACCAGCAUACAGGUGCCGCUGCUGCCAGGAGGUGCAGUACUGCUGGGGUUAGUGGGGGUGUACCAGGUACAAAUCUAGCACCGCGCCUGGCAGUAGGCACACAUAAUAGUAAUUGCAUGGCUAUUGUACUUGUGUUGGCUUGGGUUUUGAGUUGCAAAACUGGAAUUAUACAUAAAACCAUUAAUUAUCAUUCCAUGCUGAUAAGGAUAUAUUUAACAUUAUUUAUGUAGUUUUGUGGUCUGACUGGAAAGCCCUCUGUAGUCUUCAUGUAAUUAAAAAGUAGCCACGUGA